AUGGGCGACUCAUCCGGACAUUUGGAGCGGGUAUGGUGGACAGUCUGUUCUCCCCAGUCUAAGGACACCGAUACUGACAAUUUCUGCCUCCACAGCUUCACACCGACGAAAUGGAGCUGGGUACCACAGAAGCCAUCAGAAACCACUAUGAGCGCAAAGUGGUCUCCCCCGUCCCCAUCUCGCAACGCCGCCUCAACUUCGAACAUUCCCGACCGCGGUUCCUGCGUGAAUGUAUAGCCGAAGCGACCGGUACAUUCUUCUACGUCUUCCCAGGCGUUGCAACAAUAGCCGCUAUGACCACCAAGGAUUUCUCUCCAACUUUCGGAAACAUUCUUACUAUUGGGUUGGCAUUCGGGUUUGGAAUCGUAUUUGCCAUCAUCACAUGCGCGCCCGUAUCGGGUGGCCACUUCAACCCGGUGGGUCAGACGAGAAGACUCAUAAAUUGAAGUAUUCGCUGACGUUUUGUGUUCUUGCUUUGCAGGCCAUUUCCGUCGCCUUUGCUACGUUUCAGGGAUUUCCGUGGCGUAAGGUUCCGCACUAUGUGAUCAGUCAGAUCAUUGGGUCUUUCAUUGCAGGUCUGCUGGUGAUGGGCAUGUAUCAUCAACAGAUUGAGGUGUUGGUCGCGGAAACCAUCAAGGCCGGGAAGCCUUUGAUCACGAGUGGAUCGCCGGCGAGUAUUCUCGUUUCGCUUCCGGCCGACAAUCAGACACUGGGCUAUCUGUUCUUGGUUGAGUGGUUUGUUGAUAGCUUCAUUGUAAGUAUCGACUGCCUUUCGAGCAAUAUUGGACGUCUUGAAGCUGACUACGAUGUAGGCCGUCAUCAUCUGGGCCUGUCUGGAUCCUGCCAACCCAUUCAUCGCACCAUCCUCUGUUCCGUUCGUCAUCGGUCUAGGCUACGCUGUCACAACUUGGGGUUUCGGAGGCCUCACCAUCACACAGAACAUGGCUCGAGGUCUCGGUUGCAGGCUGGUCGCCGCUAUCUUCUACGGACCUGGAGACUUCACUUACAAGUACUACUCUUGGAUCGCCAUCUUGGUCAACGUACCAGCCACGGUCUUUGGAGGCGCAUACUACGAGCUCGUCAUGCGGGAUAGCUUGCAAACGCUCGGCGCAGGAGCGGCGAGAUACGAGGGCGAAGAGGAGGACUUGGCGCUGCAUUUAAGCAAGACUGGUAUCAGUAUGCAGCGGGAGAGGGAGGAGUGCUAUGCUGGCACAAGGAAGAGGAGCUCGAACAGCACCGCCGACGGAAAGCUUCAAGUUCCACCGGUAUGA